UGAUUCCAGUCAUCAUGUUCUCUCCACUCUUCAAAGAAGCCGCUUAAGCUUUAAUUCGUAGGUUACGGUUUACCCCUGACACCGAUAGCAAAAACGAAUCAAUAUUCGCGUAUGUUGCAUCAGGAGCCAAGAUGGUCUUUGGCUUUACAACAAUAAGAUCCGUUCGGCAUUUGGCGAGGUAUAGUCGGACGACCGGAAUUCAAUCCAACCUUUUAUCUCUACGUCACUUGCAAGCUAGAACAUUUGCAACGACUCCCGAGAAGCCUCUCGUAUCAAGUUUGAGUGGCCAUGUCAAAUUUUCAUACCCUAACAAUGCCAAUAACUUGAAACGGUCUUCACUCCCCAACAUUUGGUUAAGGGACAAUUGCCGAUGUACCAGCUGUGUUCACCAAGAUACCAUGCAGAGGAACUUCAACACGUUCGAUAUACCACAAGAUAUUGAGCCCUCUCAGAUUAAAGCAGAUCGUGAUGGAGUCAAAAUACAGUGGUCGGGAGAUGGACACGAAAGCUUCUAUCCGUGGGAGUUUCUUGAAUUCUAUCUGAAGUCUGGCAAGAGAGCACCAGAGCCUAUUGAACUGGAGUAUUUCGGAGCGAAAGGGUCACGGGGCUCACAAAAUUGGCCUCCAUCUUUAGAAUACGGUGAAUUUUCCGCGAAUGAAACCGAAGCUGUAGGACGUUUAACGAACUAUAUUAGACGCAAUGGCUUUGCAUUUGUCACCGGAGUGCCAAUCAAUUCUGCCGAACCAACCGAAAGACUACUUGAAAAGAUUACUUUUAUAAGGCAGACGCAUUAUGGUGGCUUUUACGACUUCAUUCCUGAUCUUGCACUCGCCGACACAGCCUAUACCAACAUAGCACUGGGAGCUCAUACUGACACGACUUACUUUACGGAUCCUGCCGGACUUCAGGCCUUCCAUCUCCUUUCUCAUACGGACCCUGGCAGCGAAACUUCACCAGGUGCAAAUCUUGGCGGCCAAUCUCUACUUGUCGACGGGUUCCACGCUGCAGAUAUCCUUAGGAAAGAGGAUCCCAAGUCAUUCCAGGUGCUCAGCCAAGUCAAACUUCCCUGGCACGCUAGUGGCAAUAAGGGUAUUACGAUAUCGCCCGAUAAACUGUACCCUGUUCUCGAACUAGAUGAGGCCACUGGUAAGAUGCAUCGAGUUAGGUGGAAUAACGACGAUCGCGGGGUUGUCCCAUUCGAUAGCGAGCAUUCCCCUGCUGAGUGGUAUAAAGCUGCGAGGAAGUGGCACGAUAUUCUAAGAAGAGAGUCUAUCGAGUAUUGGUUUCAGCUCAAGCCGGGAAAUCUUUUAGUUUUCGACAAUUGGCGGGUUCUACAUGGCAGAAGCGCAUUUACUGGAGUGCGAAGGAUAUGUGGUGGAUAUAUUAACCGCGAUGACUUUAUCUCCAGAUGGAGAAACACUAAUUACCCACGGGACGAGAUCCUGAAGCGAGUUAUAGGCUAACUUAUGUUGCGGGCACUACUCGGCGUAACCUGUCUUACAUGGGUGGAAAUGUCCGUUAACAUUUUAGCGGCACGACCUGAGUAUCGCCGGCGUACCUUCGCGCGGCUAGAUAUUCUAUUGGCCAUUUACUAUAUCUGGUAUCCCGUUAGCCUGGCUCACGUUGAUCUUGCGUUAUAUUUAUAAAGCAAUGCCGUUAUUCGACUUGUCCAGUUUGUGCGCCAGCUGCCAAGUAACACACCCUCAUUGCGCUAUUGCCUGAUCUACCUACCCUAAAGUCUGAGGGAGGAGGCCAAGUGAUCCACGCCUUUUUAUAAUGUGGCACAUGACUUAAACGUGCCACGGAAGCCCCCAAGCUGGGAAUUCAGCUGGCGCUUAUUACCAAGGCUAUCCAAGUGUUGAUAUGCGACUAGACCAUGAGUUUGCGUUUGGCGCCAUGA